UUGAACUUAUGAAAAGGGGGAUGUCUUAUGCAAUGUGGCAGAUUGGGAUUAGUGCUCCUCAGGGUAGUGGCAAAACAACACUUGUUUUUGCUCUGGAGCACCUUUUCCGUCGCACUGGCAGGAAUGCCGCUACAUUGUCAAUUGAUGAUUUCUACUUGACAGCAGAUGGGCAGGCCAAAUUAAGGAGCCAAAACCCUGGAAACGCUCUGUUGGAGUUUCGUGGGAAUGCUGGAAGCCAUGACCUGCAAUUCUCUGUAGAUACACUCACAGCUCUAAAAGAACUAACAAAAUCAGGCAUGAAGAUGAAGCUGCCACGGUAUGAUAAGUCUGCUCAUGGAGGGCGAGGUGACAGGGCUGAUCCUUCAGAUUGGCCAGAGGUUGAAGGUCCUCUAACGGUGGUUCUUUUUGAAGGUUGGAUGCUUGGCUUUAAACCUCUCCCUGGUGAUGUUGUCAAAGCAGUAGACCCACAGCUUGAAAGCGUAAACAGAAAUCUUGAAUCCUACUAUGAUGCAUGGGACAGGUUUGUGAACAUAUGGAUAAUCAUCAAGAUCAAGGAUCCUAGUUGUGUUUAUCAGUGGAGAUUACAGGCUGAAGUGGCAAUGAGAAAUGAUGGGAAACCUGGAAUGUCCGACGAGGAGGUCUUGGAUUUUGUGUCUCGGUAUUUACCUGCCUAUAAUGCAUAUCUUCCAACCCUGUAUUCUGAAGGGCCAAGGGAUUUCUUCGAUAAGGAACGGCUUCUAGUAAUUGAUAUCGAUGAAGGGAGAAAUCCCGUAUCAGAGGUUUGAAAUUUAAUGUAAUUUAACAUUCUGGAAUCUAACAUUUAGGCUUGCCUAAUGAUAUAACCAUGCCAACUGUUCAU